AUGCUUCUGCUCAUCAGUUUAACUUCUAUUCUCCAUCAUGAGGGAAAUCCUGGACUGGAUUUUUUGCAGGGGCGUGUUGUGGAGAUUUAUGGGCCUGAGGCUUCUGGGAAAACCACUCUUGCUCUACAUGUAAUUGCUGAAGCACAGAAGCAAGGAGGUUACUGUGUUUUUAUUGACGCUGAGCACGCACUUGACUCAUCACUAGCUCAGGCCAUUGGAGUAAAUACUGAAAACUUGCUUCUAUCACAACCUGAUUGUGGUGAACAAGCUCUCAGCCUGGUGGACAUGCUUAUAAGGAGUGGUUCUGUGGAUGUUGUGGUUGUUGACAGUGUAGCUGCCCUUGUGCCUAAAAGUGAGCUUGAUGGUGAGAUGGGCGACGCUCACAUGGCAAUGCAAGCUAGAUUGAUGAGCCAGGCGCUGCGCAAAUUGAGCCAUUCUUUAUCGCUGUCACAGACAAUAUUGAUCUUUAUAAAUCAAGUGAGGUCAAAGAUUAGUACAUUUGGAGGAUUUGGUGGGCCAACUGAAGUAACUUGUGGUGGUAAUGCUUUGAAGUUCUAUGCUUCAGUGCGCUUGAACAUAAGAAGGGUGGGGUUUAUAAAGAAGGGGGAAGAUACUACUGGAAGUCAAGUUCAAGUGAAAAUUGUAAAGAAUAAACUUGCCCCCCCAUUUAAAACAGUCCAAUUUGAACUUGAAUUUGGAAAGGGAAUAUGUCGAGAAUCAGAGCUCAUAGAAUUGGGGGUAAAACACAAAUACCUUGUCAGGGCUGGUUCGUUUUACAAUUACAAUGGUCAGAGUUUCCGCGGGAAGGAAGCCCUUAAACGCUUUCAAGCAGAAAAUGAUGUUGCUCGGGAAGAACUUAUGAUGCAACUCAGGCAGAAGCUACUUGAUGUCGGCUCAAGUAAGGACGAGGGAGCAGAGGAUGGAGAACCUGUAGAAGAAAUUGUUUCACCUGAUUCUACAGAUGAAGAAGCUGUUACUGCAGUAGAAGCAUAGUUUUCAAAUGCAUGAAAUUGAAAAUCAUUGGAGUUAUCCUGCUAGAUUCCAUGGUAUCCUUCAGUUUUCCCAGGGAUUCUGCAAUUUCAGCCUGCACAAAUUGAUGGAAGGAUAUGAAAGGCUCUUGGUUUCUAAUCACAAGCUACCAUUGCUUAUAUACACACAUGGCCUUGAAUUGGUGGCUUUGUAAGUUAAAUGUGUUAAGUUGAUCAUGUAAAUUUUAGGCUUUUGUGGCUUUAUGUACCAGCCGCAAAAUUUUUCCUUAGCUUUCCAUCUGCAUUUUGUAUGUGAACAGAGUAACCAAGUAAUCAAAAUCCACAUUUUUUUUUUGUUUUA